AUGAUGUCGAUUCCAGAAGACCCAAAGCUGGCGGCUGCGCGAGAAAGGAAAAGAAUGAUAGAAGAGGAAAGGAGGGAGCGCAUAUUCAAUGCGAGAAAGAGACUGAUUGGCAUUGAUGAGGAGGCUUUGGAGAAGCAACUGGCUGAGAUGAAGGAGCGCAGAGAGGCGGAGAAGAGGGAGAAGGAGGCGUUCGAGCGUCAGUGCCUCCACCAUGCCCAGGUUGGAAUGCUCAUCGAGAGGAACAUCGAAAGGGAGCGGCGCAGGCUGAGCGAGGAAAUCAACAAGUUCCGCGCCGAGCAGCAGCGGCCCGAGACGCGCCGCGAGUUCGACCUUUACGACCCGGAGGCGCUGAAGAAGGCGCGCCCGCCCUGCGAGGACGACGCCGAGCCCUGCGGACUCGCCUGCGCCCAGAGGUUCGCGGGCGAGGACGAGGGCGGUCCUGCGCGGCGGCGCCAGCAGAAGCUGCAGCAGCGCGCGUGGCUGGAGCAGCAGAGGGAGGAGGCGCGUGCGGCAGAGGCGGCGCGCCGCGAGGCCGAGCGCCGCUACGCAGAGGCCUCGCGCAACCGCGACGCGCUCGCCACCGACCUGGGCAGCCUCGAGGAGCGCCUGCGCCGCCAGCUGGACGCCGCCACCGCCAGAUACAACAGGGCGCUGGCAGAGGAGCAAGAAGAAGAGCGCCGGCGGAACCACCAGCGUGAGCAGGAGGACAACAUGGCGGACAUCCAGAACUGCCUCAACAGCGACCUGCUCACAGAGAACCCCGACGUAGCCGCCAGCAACCUCGGCCCCGAGCGCAAAGUCGGCUCCAAGUUCCGCGGCAUGAGUGCUGAGCAGAAGCGCGCAUUCAUCGAGGGGCAGCGCCAGCAGAGAGAGGAGAGGAAGUUGCAUAGGGAGGCAGAAGCUCGACGAAAGCGAGAGUGGGAUGAAAUGAUCAUGUCAACUACAAGACAUGCAGAAAUGAUGAGCAGAGACAGAAUACGCAAACAGAAGGAACUUGACCGACAACUUUUAGAGCAAAACAAAUUGCUCGCUGAAGAACAAAAAGCACAUCAACAUCAUCUACAAAAAUUUGUCUUCACAAAUGAGCUGUCUGAAGAAUACUACAAUCAGUUCAAUAGAUCUACACGGUAAAUUUAAACCGAUUUAUGUAAUGUAUCAUGCUCUGUGUGAAUGAUUGCUUGUGAAUUUUGUGCCGAGUGCUUUCGUGACCAGUGUGCAUACAGA